AUGGCUCAAACUCUUGGCUUACAAUUUGGCCUCAUGAUUGAAAGCUCAGCGCACGAGCGAAGCGGGCGUUCGCAGGCCCUUCUCCCAAAUCUCAUUUUGGCCUUCCUCAUACUCCCGUUGAGUUUCACGAUCAAAGAGCAUCGAACACGCCGUGAAAGCGCCUCAGUUGUCGCAACGAGCAACGUACCCGCCCUCAUGUACACCUCCAGCAAGCCAGCCUCCAUGGAAGACGACGACGAUCGGGGGUCUGAUCACGCUGAAGCAAGCAAUUCCGGACGACGCCCAUCAGACGAUGUAGAAACAAGCCCGCUCUUACCGAAGCCCGCUUUCGAGAUCCAUAAGCUUUCAGCUCUCCUACUCCUCCGCUCUACCCGCUUCAUGACGGCCAGCAUCGCCCUUUCACUCCUUACCGGCAUUCAAUACGGCAUCAUCUGGGUCUUGCCCUCACAAAUCAGCUCCACAUUUCAUCUUGCCCCACUGCAGACGGCAGCAUUAUUCCUCGUCAUGAUACUUCCCGUCUUCCUCGCACCAAUUUCGGGCACCCUGACCGACCGCUUCGGUGCAAAGUGGCCUGCGGCUAGCGGCCUCAUAAUCGUGAUCCCCACGCUGAUCCUCUUAGGCCUCUUCGGGCCUGAAACCAGUAUGCCAUUGUCGAAGCUCGCGAUACUCUUGUUUCUGCUUGGAGUAAGUUUUAUGCUGUCGAUGCCGCCAUUUAGAGCAGAAGCUGCGAAAGUCGUGGACGGCAUUGAAGGGAGUAUCCCAGGAGCAUCUCAGCCGAACAGGGCAUACGCAAAGGCUUACGGUUUGAUGAACGCUUUCGUCGCUGGUGGAAUGGUCGCAGGACUGUUGUACAUGCACUUUGUUUGCGCUUCGCUUGGAUGGUGCUUCACAUCGAUAUCGCUAGGGUUGAUGAGUCUUGUCAUUUUACUGCCCGUAUUUCUGUUUGUUGGAAGUGGGUCUUCAAGUUUUGAGGGACCGACCAUAGAGGUAACGCAGCACGCGUGA